GUUACCCGCCAUUUCAACGAUUUCAUCGUUGUAACGUAGUCUUAUGUCUUCCUCUGAUUCAAGACGUGGAGUGCGUAAACGAACACAUGACAGAGCCUUUAGUGGUCAUUCAACUGCUGUAAACUCGUUACCUUCAUCUUGUAAUGGUCAAAAACCCCCUUCGAGUGUACAUUUCAAGUCUAAAUCUAUGUCUACAAGUUUGAAAAGAAUACAAAAGGAAUUAACGGACAUCAUGUCAGACCCUCCUCCCAAUUGCAGUGCAUUUCCGCGAGGAGAUAAUCUCUAUGAAUGGGUAUCAACUUUAUUAGGUCCUCAAGGAUCAGUUUACGAAGGUGGAAUAUUCUUCCUAGACAUUCACUUUUCUAUGGAGUAUCCGUUUAAGCCACCAAAAGUAAUUUUUAAAACUCGUAUCUAUCACUGCAAUAUUAACAGUCAAGGUGUGAUUUGCCUAGAUAUUCUCAAGAAUAAUUGGUCUCCUGCUCUUACCAUUAGUAAAGUUCUACUGUCCAUUUGCUCGUUACUUACUGAUUGCAAUCCUGCCGACCCGCUUGUUGGAUCUAUUGCUAGCCAAUACAUGCAUAACAGAUCAGAACAUGAUCGUAUUGCACGACUGUGGACACAAAAAUAUGCAAAUUCUGCUACUUAUCCCUCUACUGGACAUUCACAUGGUAUGAAUGCGGAUUCCGAGUCUUCUAGGAGAGGACCACGUAUCACGCUAUCCCCCACCCCAAGAUCAUCAGAUUCCGGGCAUUCAGGCUUCGCGUCGUCAAACAAAGACGAGAUUCUAACGGAAGUACCAUGUACAGAAAGCAGUAGUGCAAGUGCCUGUACAAGCAUUGGUGCUAGAAGUGAUGGAGGAGAAAGUGUAGAUGAAGUUCUCGAAGACGACACUCCCGUAGCUUCUACAGAAACAACUGUUGCCCAUUCAUUCACUCCGGCUUAAUAUUUGAGAUCCCUUAAUCUUGUUUAUUUACCUGGUUCUUUCGUUUCUUUAUGAUUCGUUCUAAUUUAAUCUAUAGCUUGCUUUGUGAAUCUUUUCUAAAAGAUCAUGCGCACUUUGUUUACUGUUUCCUAAGCGAUUCCAGCGUAGCUACCAACAUUCGUUUAGUUUGUUUUCUUAUUUACAUUCCUUUGUCGGCAUUUUUUCUGAUUACUUCCUGAAACGGAGAGAAUAUGGCGAUACCCCACUAAAUGUAUCUCCGUCUUUUUCAAAAUCUCAGGUGUUAACUUUAGGUCUAACUGAAGUUGCGGAUCAGUUUACACAUAUUUUAUUUCUAAUAGUUUCAAAGUGAAACUACAACCAUCGCUGAUUGUUUUCAUAACUAUUCUAUGAUAUAAAAACAUGACUUCUUAACGGCUGUACAAAGUUAUCACUGUUCAAGCUGAUUAAUAAUCGUAUGCUAACAUGUAUUAUAUGCUUAUGUUUCUGAAUCCUUUUGCAUGUGAACAUAUCAGCAUUUCUCAGUUGAUUAUUGUUUACUAGGUUAUUGAUGUUCAUUAAAUAAAGUACCUUUUAGAGC